AUUUCAACAGCCAUUUUGUUCAUUAUUAUAGAUACAGUUUUUCAGACUGGAGUUUUUAGUUGAGAAAAAGUGCGUCAAUCUUGACAAAAUAAAAAUGGAGCCGACAACUGAAUUUACUGAGAAGCCAGUGACCCAUGACCACCAGCCGCGACUGAACGAGGUGGCCCAAAAGUUUUUGGCCGAUUUGGACGAGGAGCGCCAGCGCUUGGCUGCAGAAUUCCCACUCUGCGCUCUGCUAAUCGAUGAGGCUGUGGACCGUGUUUACUGUACUGGCCGUAUUCCUGGUAAGGAAUUUUACGCGGAUGUGUAUAAGCAAAAGCCAAUGAAGAUUACUCAGAAGGUCUUUGUACCGGUUAAGCAGUAUCCCAAAUUUAACUUCACUGGCAAGAUUUUGGGGCCCAAGGGAAAUUCGCUGCGUCGCCUUCAAGAGGAGACUCAGUGUAAGAUUGCUAUUAAGGGACGUAGUUCGAUCCGCGAUAGGAACAAGGAGGAUGAGUUACGUAAUUCGGGUGAUCUGCGGUUCGCUCAUUUGCAGAAGGACUUGUUCUUGGAGGUCAGCACGGUGGCCACACCGGCAGAGUGCUAUGCUCGUAUAGCCUAUGCCUUGGCCGAGAUCCGUAAGUAUCUAAUUCCAGACAAGAACGAUGAGGUUUCACAUGAACAGUUGCGUGAGCUGAUGGAAAUGGAUCCGGAGUCGGCUAAGAACAUUCACGGGCCCAAUUUGGAAGCCUACAGAUCUGUUUUUGACAAGAAAUUUGGAGGCAACGGCAAUGGAGCCCCUAAGUACUUAAAUCUAAUCAAACGCGCUGCGGAAAAUCCGCCCGAAGUCGAUGAUGUGGAGGAGGUGGCCUACGAGUAUGAGCACCGUAUGCCUCCCAAGCGCCCACCCACAGGCUAUGAGUACAGCAAACCACGUCCAUCAAUAAUAUCUACAAACGGAGCGGCAUAUAAACGUCCAUAUCAACCUGACAUGAAACGUAUGCGCGAAUCACCCUAUAAGCCAAAUCCGUAUUCCAUACUCAAAAAAUAUAAAUAAUACAACCGUGCUGCGCCGUUCGGAGCGCCGGUACCUUUUCCCGCACACCGCAAUAAAUGAAAACAAUACAAUGGCGAUGCUUAUGUAAUAAAUCACAUACCGGAAGAACUAUGAAUACACUUUACCUAACCUAAACAUUCUUGGACAAGCAAGAAGAAAGCAGCAUUUAAAAUGAAGCUAUGAAUGAAUAACAAGUAACAUUAACAAAAAUGCGUACUUGCGUCAUUAAUCACACAAAUAUGAAUUAUUACUAUUAUUAAAUAAACAUUCGGCUAAUCGAAAUCCUAGAACUAUUUUCGUGCUAUUCUUUAGACCAUGUCAGCAGAAGAUCCAUAUGCCAAAUAUAUAAUAUUGUGUUUGAUUAUGGUUUUCUGAGUUCGUAAUUUCUCAUGAGUCUGAAAGAUAUGUUUUAAAAUGAAAUAAAACAAAAUGAAAUUAAUAAAAA